UUAAUAUCAUCCCUUAUUUUCUAUCGUUGUUUUGUGGAUAAACUUGUGUGUGCAUUGUGGUUAUUGAAGCUAAACGUGCUUCCAUUUUACGUACGAAGCCAUGAAGGAGGAACCCGGCCGCAAGGCGGCUGGCAAGUUGGACAAAACCGUGUUUGGUUUUUUCAACAGCUUCGUGGACACGGACGAUGAAGCCCGGGUGCGUGGCGCUACUGAUCUGAUCGAAUUCCUGUCGCAGGACGACGUGCCGCAACAAAACGGGAAGGAUGGCACCACCAACGGAACCGCUCCUAAAACCGCCGAAACGGCCUAUGCCCUGAAACGACUGAUACGAGGUGUUGGCUCGACAAGUAACGCUUCCCGGGCCGGCUUCUAUACUGCUCUGGUAGGAUUACUGAGCCAACUCAAAGGCAAAGAAGACUGCCCAUCUAUAACGGAGCUGUUUGUCCUGGUCAAAUCGGAACUAUCGAACUCAGAAAAACCCACCGAUGACGAAGAAAACAAAAAAUUACGUUUGGAGCUGCGCAUUGGCAAGGUCUUGGUCUGUGGGGCAAUCAUAAAAGCUGGCCUGAUCGAGAGUGCCACGGACAUGGAACUGACAUCCAUUUUCAAGACGUUGAGGAAGGGCAUGUACAAAAUGCUAACUCCACUUGUGUACACCUUUCUGAACGAACUGGUACCACAAAUUGAUGCGAUAAGGUUUAAGCUUUUCUGGCCACAGUUCGAAGCGGUGCUAAAUGUGCCCAAGGAGCAGCACACCAUCGACUCGACCUUCUUCCUUCUGCUCCUGUCCACGGGCGCCCAUCAUAAGCUUGUAAAUAAGAAGUAUUUUGAGCGAAAUUUCGGAGCUCCAAAGCUUCUCCAUCCAGACGCUUUUCCACACCUGUCCGGCGUGCUGUUCAACAUAAGGACAUUGAUGGAAAUCAAUCAUCCGUUCUACGACUGUUUGCUGGAGAAGCUGAUCAAGACCGGCCUGUUGGUGCAGUUUGUGGCCGACGCGAUCGUACCGAUUCUGGAGCAGGAUGAGAAAAGCCGCCCUAAAUUUCGCGACAUUGUCGUGCUGAGGGUUUUUAUUUCGUUCCUCGGCCGGCUGGAUGAUUACUCCUGCGUACCGGAACUCUUGCACCCAUCGUUGGUGAAAUUCCUGUUGCAAAACUUCAAAAAUCUCUCGGACUACAGUGGAGAUGUACGGGAGUUGCAUCAGGAAGCGUGUAAAGCACUAAUCGAAUGCUACCCUAAGAUGGUGGAAGAAAAGGAUCGCUUGGCAACGUUCCGCCGUUUGACGCAGGCCCCCAGUAGCAUUCUGAUCGAAAAGUAUGCCUCCUGUAAGCUGUUGCAAAACCUUCUUGCCACACUGUCUACCGAAAGCCUCAAAUCGAUCGGUUCCGAAUUGAAGGCAUUGAUAUUGGAUGAAUCGACCGCGACCAAUAGUGAAAGGUCGUACGCGGCCCAGAUGCUGCAACGUUUGUACUUGCUGCGCCAGUUUACAUCCGACACGAAGGAUAAACACCAGGCAGACGAGCAGCGGCUCGAAGUGGUACGCUUUUUCCUUACCCUGGGCGUGUUCUAUUCGUCGGACGGGGUGAACGUGCUAAAGUCCUCCAAACAUGAUGGUGCCAUUUCGCAGGAACUGGCCACCACGGUGCGCGGACUUUUCUUUCACUCGCUCGACCAUCGUCAUGCGGAAUUGGCACACGAGCGUGACUUCUUGUUUGCCAUCGUACGCCACGUGCACGAGACGCUCCAGGCGCACGGUGGUGCUAAAUCGCUGCGGACUCCGCUGACCGAUGAGCAGAUGAGCUGCUGGAACCGCAUGUACGCGACUGUCGUAGCGUCUGGCGAGGGCACGAAGGAGAGCAAAAAACGAUCGACCACUAAGGACGGGAAAAAACUUGACACGGUAUUUCACAUCCUCCUGAUGCAUAUGGGAUUGCAUCUGUUUAGCGAUCCGGAGCUGGCCGCUAGCUCCAUCGUCGAGUUGGAGUGUGUUAUGAAGCGCAUUGGUGGUAAAGGGAAGAAAAAACGCCGUCACAGUGUUGCGAAUGGUGGUAGUACGAACGACAACGACGACGAGGAACCGGAGUGGAUAGAGGUUGUGGUAGAUCUGUUCCUGAAUCUGCUGUCGCAAAAUUCGCACCUUCUGCGCAACGUGAUCAAUCACGUGUUUCCCCAUCUGUCCGAGGAGCUGACGCUGACCGCGUUCAAUCAGAUUAUGUCGGUGAUCAAUCUGAAGGACAAAACCAAUCCACUGUCGGCGGAAAAUGAGGAAGCCGAUGACGAUGGUGCCGAUGAGGAGGAGGAAGAAGAACAAGAGAGUGACAAUGAGGGGCCGAAGAAAGCGAAGAAAUCGAAGAAAAAUAAAGAUGACGAAGAGAACGAUGAUGAGGACGAUGACGACGAUGAUGAUGAUGAAGACGACGAGGAGCUGAUGGGCGACGAAGAGGAGGAGGAAACGAUUUCCGAUAAAAUGCGCCUGGCGGUACAGCAGGCGCUGGGUAGAGCCAAUCCGGAGACGGACACCGAGUCGGUCGAUCUGGACGAGAUGGAUGAGGAGCAGGGCCGCAAACUAGAUGCGGCACUCUCGGAGGCUUUCCGCGCGUUCCGUCAGGCCAAGUCCAGCAAUAAGAAGAAGGGCCCGACGAAGGUCGAGCAGCAGAUAGACACGGUGCUAACGCACUUCCGCAUGCGCGUGUUCGAUCUGAUCGAUGCGUACCUCAAGCACGAACCGGACAUGAUCAUCUGCCUCGAGUUAAUGCUGUACGUGUUCGAGAUGCUGCCGAUAGCGAUGCGUGAAGGGUCCAAGUAUGGGGCGAUCCUGAACCGGUACAAGCAAAUCUUCAACACACUCGUUCGCAUCAAGGAGUUCCGGCAGAACGCUCAGGAUGUCGGUGCGGAGCAGCUGAACCAAAUUCUGCGCGAUCUGAUCGACAAGGUAGCGAAGGGCGUUGCUUUUCCGGAGCGCAACAUGUACCUGUUGAAGGCGUGCCAGUUCAUCGUUCUCUGUAGCCAGAUGUUGGAAAGCCACGACCGGAAAGAAAAGCAGAACGGCCGCGAAACACUGCAGGUGGACACAAUUUUUGGCGACCUGCUAGCAGACAUUCUUACCAACCGAAAUCCACCGAUCGCGCUCAACAUGUUUCAAACCAUCUUCCGUAUGCCGUGGACCGGCAACUGGCAUCUGGCCGUGCGGGUCGCAACCGGUGGUCUUAAAGUUGGCUCCAUCCGGGGGAUACGCAGAAUACAGGUGCUGCAGUUAGUGCGCGGACUGUUACACAAUCGGCGCUUCGUGAGCUUGGAUCUACCGCUGGCCAAACAGUCGCUUGCUACCAUCUGCAACGAUGCGGUCGCGCCAUACGUAGCCGAACUGAAGGGCGCCAUCAGUGGCGGUGAUCGGUCGAUCGGUCAAAACGAACUGUUAGAGUUGCUACAGUUAUUGCUAGAAAUUCACCGGCUUCAACCGCAACUGGAGGCUGGUGCGGUGGUUUCAAAGAAGCUUCAGAAGCAGCAAAAAACCCAUCAACUGCUACACUGGGAAACCAUUGGCCAGCAUGUGCAAGCCAUGCGUCGGUUCACUCUUAGCUCGCAAACAAUGUCCUGCUAUCGUCAGCUCUGCAAUCGGCUAGGGCUGACUCCGAUCGGUAAUGGUGAUAUUUUGGAGGUAGAAGCGAAUGGAGAUAGCUCCACAAGGACGCCUGAUAUUCCGACCAUCAAUGGAGUAAGCGAGAAGCAGAAGAAGAAAAAGAAAGGUAUGGGAAAAGGGCAGCAACAAACGGAAGACGAGUCCAUCCAGUUGAAUGGACACGCCAUCAACGGCCACGACGACAACGGAGAUGAUGUGGACGAUAUCGAAGAAGAAGCCAACGCUGAUGAGGCACCGGAACCGCAGGUCAACGGGUUAAAACGCAAGCGGAGUAAGGCCCAGGCAGCGCACAAUAGCAAUGAUGAACACACGUCGGAUAACACCAAAAAGGAAAAACGACGAAAAAAAGAAGCCCGGCUGCAGAGUGCCUCUUUGGGGUUGGAAGGGGUUUCCUUUGCAAAAGCACUCUAGGCUUGGAAAUUUUGAAAUACUUUACGACUGUUAAGGUGAAAAAUAUUAUGUUUCACUGUUCCUCAAUUAGAAAGGAAAUUAUUCUUGUUUCAGCAUCUGCAGUUUCAGUCGAAUUUCACAAGGAAUUUCCAAUGAAUUUUGGAAUUAUUUGUCAGAAAAGCUGGAACGCCUAUUUGCCCCCUGGGCUUA